GACUCUACGCCAUUUCAACCUCAAGGACGUUGUAGAUAUUCGAGUUCUUAUAAUUUUAAGACCGAUGCGAUUGUUGGGAUUAGGUUUUAUGUAGUCUUGUUAACUGUAUUUAUUAGUGGUUAAGCAAAGUUUUGGAUUUCAGUGUCAAACAUAUUCUAAACAAAUAAGGACCUGUUGAUGUAAAAUAUGAGAAAAACAACUAAAUUUUCGAAUGUACAUCUGAGACCACUUGAUGCGAGUGUCUAGGAAUAGAAAAAUGAACAUCACUGCAGACCUGAGGCUGUUCUCUCAACACCGAUAUGUUUUAAAUCGAGGACAUUAGACGAAAACCAAGGGUGCUAGUUUUAGGGUGAUGUAAAAUUUAUUCAGAGUCAUUAUUUUCCUAAUAAAGUGAUGAAAAGGUUUUGCUAUGAUUGGGGCUUUUAGUCUUUAUCUCUUGCACUUAUUAAUAACUUGGUGAUGAAGUCCAUAUUACUACUCUUAAGUGGUUUAAUUUCCCCAAGUGCACUUCAAUUGCUCUCAAAUAUCGUCCAUUAAUUAUGGUCUCAUUCAAGUUUCUGUUAAUUGAAGAAGCUCUAAUCGAUGAAAACUUUAAAGGUAUUGUAGUGUUUCAUCAAAAUAUUUUAGGUCACCUGAUCAAUCGAAUUUAGUUGUGAUAUCAAAAACUAUAUUCAAGUCAAUCCGGUCCAUGAGUUAAUUUUCUGCGUAUAUGCACACCAGCGUACGGGUUGUAAAGCUUAACCACAAAAACGCCUGAUCAUUUUACGAAGAUGAAUUCCCUUGUUACACAUCAUUCAGAUUUCAGUUACUGAAACGGUUGGGACGGCUAUUUUCACUAACAGAUUGUUCAGGAAAUUCAUGUUUUCUAUCUUUGUGUUUCGUAUAAUGAAUAUUGUUCCCAGCCUCCAUGAUCAGCGCCAUCCAAUGUUUCUCUGUGUGCUUGUGACUAGGUGGAUCCCUAAACUACAUCCCAACAAGACUUAUUGAGACCGUUUGAUCAACAGCCCAGUAUUCUUUGACAAUUGACCAGCCAUAAUCAGAGAAUAACAAGAGGAAACAUUUAGUAGUAUUUUGGCUUUUCUUAUCUACUUCCUGCUCUUCAGCUUAUCGGAAAUAAGAUCUAGGUUGUGUUAAUUCAAUACCUUACAAAUAUUUAAAAACCGUGACAGUAAUUUGGGAAAGAAUUUGAUUCACAAAAUUUCAUACAUGAAGCGCCAAAAAAUGAUAUAACUCAUGAUUCGCGGUACUGUAUUUCCUAACAACAUAUGUCUCUCAAGAUUGAGUUUGACCAUGUCUUGCUGAAUAUAUUUUGUUUGGAAGCUAGUUGGUUUGGUAAUAUGAGUUUGUAGUAAGUGAAAAAAUUGGCUAUGCGGUGAACACAUCUAGAAUUCUAAGGGUUAUAAUAAGACAUUUAACUUUAGUUUUGAUUCCUAUAUCAGUUGAACUUCAUUUGUUUCAUGGAAGUGUCUAUCGAACUUAGACUCUCCUCAUGCCAUCAACAUCAAGCCUAUUGGCAUUUUAAGCAAAGCGGUUGUAGUUCAACAUGUAAAAAAGCUGUUAUUAGUAUAAUAUUUUGCGUAAUAGCUCUUGUACUAUGUAAUGUUCCUAAUAAAGCUCUUAAAUUUUAGGUGCGUUUUGUGCAUGUGGAUCAACCAGGGCUUAAGUGGUAAGCUUAUCGUAUCUAGAAUUCUUCUGUGGUGAAACAUCUUCUUUAAUGUCAGUUUGCAGGAAAUUCGGUCGAAAUAAUGGUUACUAUUGGUUCAUCGUUCUUCCCAAAUGUAGCAAAAGCCUUAUUUCCCGGAAUUCACAUAUCUCUACAAAUGGUGUUGAAAUGACUAGAAUGCAACAGCACUAUGCUCUGUUAAAUAAGAAAUGCGAAGAACACAUAACCACAUUCGAUCAAGUUAAUCCGCGGGAUGUAUUUGUAAACAAUGAAGUAAAGUUGAGCAAAAUUCAAGUGUACGGGUUUGAUUAUGAUUACACAUUGGCUCAUUAUACAUCCGCGUUGGACGAAUUUAUUUUCAAUGAAUCUCGUAACUGGCUUGUUGAACAGAUGAAGAUGCUACCUUGUAUUAUGUUACUUAACGUUCAGUGAUAUCAAUCUUUUACGUCUUACUGUGUGUUGUUCACAAACCAAUUUUACUUGAAGUUCCUGUAAGUACUGUGAUACUAAAACCCAUGAACUAUUUUCUUCAUAUCAGCAAAGAUAUUUUUGUCAUUCGAAACCAAUGUAAUAAAAAUGGAGUUCUUACUUUUCUGUUCAAAUAUUUUUCGGUCGCGUCCAUUUCCAACCCUAAAUGGAACGCAUAAUCCAUAUAAUGCCAUAUUAUCCUGAAGAAAUUCUGAACUAUGAUUAUACUGAGUUCGCUAGACGUGGUUUACAUUUUGAUGUAAAACGAGGCUUAUUAAUGAAAGUAGAUGCAUUUCAUCAUAUUCAACUGGAUACUGUUUAUCGUGGAUUUAAACUACUGUCAUUGGAUGAGAUAUUAAAAGUUUAUCGUGGGAGUCAUUUAUCUAGUGAUAUUUUAAAACAAAAAUUUACACCUAAUGACACCAUUAUGAUUCAGUUGAUGGAUCUUUUCCGAUUACCGGAAAUUAAUCUUCUAUGUUCUAUUAUAGAUUUUUUUGAUCGACAUGGAAUAGAUUAUAAGCCUGUUUAUGUUUAUCAGGAUGUUUCUACAGCUGUAGCAAGAGUUCAUAAAUCUGGCCUUCUAGGUCAAACCGUAAUGUCUGGUCCAGAAAGGUAUAUUGCGAAGGCACCAGAACUAUCUACGUUUUUAUAUCGCUUAGUAAAAAAUAAUAAGAAAUUAUUUGUUAUUUCAAACAGUUCAGCUGCUUACAUAGAUAGGGGUUUGAAAUUUUUGGUUGGAAACGACUGGCAAGAAUUAUUUGACGUGAUCAUUUCUAGAGCCAAUAAGCCAUCGUUCUUUAAAUCACCACUCGGGCAAUUUCGACGUACUGAUAUCAGUGGGACUUUCAAACAUUGGGAAGCAGUUCAAACAUUUAAACGAGGUCAAAUAUAUGAAGGAGGUUGUUUAGAACAGAUGAUAAAACUUACAGGUUGGUCUUCAGCUAGUAUAUUAUAUUUUGGAGAUCAUGUCUAUGCUGAUCUUGCAGAUGUAGCCAGUACAUAUGGUUGGAUGACUGGAGCUGUUAUACCGGAACUUGAAAGUGAACUUAUUGCUGCGAAUAAUCAUGAUUUCAAAAUUAAUUUAAAACGUUUAAGAAUGCUAGAAAGAUUAAUUCAGGAAAACCAACAUGUUCAUACAGCUGAAGCAAAAUUAUUACUUGAAAAGUGGCUUGAUGAAAGAAAUGCUUUAAGACGUGCUAGUAAAUGUGUAUUUAAUCCACAAUUCGGAAGUAUUUUUCGUUCUUUUCAUAAUCCGUCUUAUUUUUCACAACGUCUUGGACAAUAUGCAACACUGUAUACGUCAAGAGUUACGAAUCUCUUACAUUUUCCACUAGAUCAUGCGUUUUUCCCUAAAAGAACUGCUUUACCACAUGAAUCAUUUUAAUUUCUAAAUUCAUCUUUGUUAUAGUUUAUUGUUGUAGGUAUAAACGCACUUUUUUGUACUUUUACUACUAAUGAUGUUUAUUACGUAGUAGUUUCGUUUGUAUUCAUUUUAGGUAUUUAUGCCUUUCUUUAAUGUCUUAUUACUAGUCUUUUCAAGUGAAAGUUUUUAGGUUUUUUAUGGAACAGUUUUAAGCGAGGCUAAAUCUCUCUAUCAGUUAAGUAGAUAUCGUAUCAGUUGGUUGAAAGCAUUUGACGUAUUUCUAUGUCUCGUGAUAGCUUCCAUUCGCUGGUAAGACGCAUUUACAAUAUUCAGUCUGUCGUUUAUAAGAAACAUAGAACCUGUUACAUAUGUGUAUCAACCAAAGUUUCUACAACACCUCAACGUAGUGAGGUGAAAACCAGGGCAAAAGAGAGGCCUUAUCAGUGGUAUUAAAAAACAAUAUGAUUAGAGUGGAAAAAUUCAUUUACGCAAUGGACAAUUUCGAAACUAAAGAUCUAAGGGAAGAUAAACAGUGAAAGCGUCCUAGAAGUUGCUACCGAUGUUUACACAUAUCACUUUAUGCCGUACGUCAUUGUUCCCGAUAAUCAUACGGACCUCAGUCAAAUGUUCUACAACCACCAACAUGGUUCAAACCAGGGCUUAGUAACUUCAUGAACAAAUGCAUCCAUUUACUUUGACUGCCCUUAGCUUUCCUUAGACGUAUAAUUUUAUGUAACAGACAAUCCCCGCCGAGUUUGAACUAAGGCCUAGAUAGCAGAACCUUGAUUAAUAUGUAAUGUUGAGUUAAUGCGAGUAUCGCAGCCUCAUCGGAAACUUGUCUCAGCCUGAACAGAUCGACGAUGGCGUCUUAUAUUAUGAAGCUGAGAGGUGUUAACGAAAAUUCAAAAUACAAUUUUAUUUCCCUCAAGAUUGCUGACGAGCUUCAACUAGCAUAAAACCUAAAAUCAAUGCUUAAUUUCAACUACCUUUAACCUACUAACAUCAAAACGAAGUGUGAUGCAAUUUAAAAUCAUUUAUCCUAGUGGUCACAUUGCAAUCAGCCUCAAUCAUUUGUCACAUUCACCGGAAAUUUCGAAUAGAUUUGAAUACUACUUAUAUUCUCGAAAUAUCCCAUAGAGUUCUUCACUGGUCGAUUGGUAAUCGAAGGGAAUUUUCGAAUUUCACUUUGAGUACAUUUAGGUCGCUAGUUCGUAGCACGGUUUACAAUUUAAGUCUUCCACAUGUAUUAUGGGUUUAGCUAUGCAAAGCAUAUAAAACUCUAUGAUAGUUCGGAGCUAGUUCUCAAUUCGAACACUGAAUUUCAGGGAAAAUAGCUUAUUUAGUUUUUGCUCAAUGGAUGAAGUCGUUUAAUAGUUAAAAAUUUAUUGCAUGGCAAGUACACGAAAUUUAUAAUAAAGUCAUCUAUAAAAAAUAAUUAAAUAGUUUUACAAAUAAAAGAUUAUGGAAUGUUGGUAUAAUUCAUAAGAAUAAGUAAAACUAUCUAAUGGAUUUCACCUUAAUAAACACUAUUUUGUAUCCUUUGAUAAAUAUAUACAAUACUAAUAACAAUCUUGCAUACUAUUACACCUAUAAUACAUCAUAAAUUUAUCAUAAAAGCGACUUAUGUCAUAUUACACUUUUUAUGUUUGGUAUUUACUUCAAUUAGCCAAACUUAAUUUGUUGCUAAGUUUUGUCAGUGCUUCAACCUUUUAAAUUUCACCAAGUCUGUUAAUCUUUCAUUACUGAUUGUAAAACAUUUUAUUUAAAAUUCCAAUGUUGUUUUUUGGUGCGAAUACACUUCCUUAAUUGAUUACCAAUUAAGCACACCGUCCGUACUAAUUAACUAUUUUAUUCUUAACGGUGCCUCUGAAAUUUGUCCAUUUUACAACCUACUCUGUUGAUAUGCUUACAGUGUAGUUUCACUGUCUCAUUCUGCCAGAUAUGAGCGCACUCUCUUUUGUUAAAGUACAAUAUUCCUUGCGUUGUUCAUGAUAGAUAGAAGUUGCAUACAUAUUUUACAAAUAGCUGGGGACAUUGAAUGUCUGUGAACAAAACUGAAACCCCCUUUAUGUGUUCAAAGACAAUCUGUUCUUGCCGUUAACCUACCCUGGUAAUGCUGGCUUAUUAUCAAGCGUUGUUUUCCACAUCGUGUACCUUGUUCAUCCUUGCCUUUUCAUUUGUCUAGUCGACCUUUUAUUUUUUGUAUACAAAGUCUUACCAAGUAUAUGUGUGAUCAAACUGUUCGAACUGUAUUGCGCGACUAUAUCACAUUAUUCUAAUAAACUUCGUCUUCUCAUCGCAUUAUCCAAAUUAAUUUUCUG